UAACAACAGACAUCGAGACAUCCACACCACGACCACAAUAUUCAUCAUCACAACUAACUGUUACUGGACUUUGAUAUUGAGUGGAACUUGUGGAGUGGAAUUGGAAUUUGGUAACUUAAGGCUACAGAAACUAAGUUACUAAACUACUGAAUCUCAACAACUAGGCCUACUGAAUUAAUUUAUACCAAUAUUCAGCAGCCUAGUGUGUUACAAUUGAGAAGUGGAUAGCCUUGAGGAUGGAAAGACCAGAGAGACCCUCUCGACAUAAGUCUAAUCCUAACCGUUUUCCCAUUCGUCCCUCAUUCAGCUCUGACUCGGAAUCAGAAACUAACGACAAUGAAGUUCCUAUACAAAUAACUUUUACAAAUAUUUAUCAGUCGGAAUCAACGAAUGGUAAUGCAGGACCCUCAACUUCAUCUGGUAGCCAAUCCGGUCCAGCUGGAAAUGUGGCUCCGACUGAGAACUCUAUUGGCAGUUUACGAGCAACACCCCCAGUGACUCCUCUGCGUGUGACUCUGUCACCAAUAUCGCGCCCAUCGCCAGAGGGGGAGGGUCCCUCCACACAGUCAACACAGGACGUGGUACGGCGUAAACGAUCUGCCACAUCGUCUGCUGCCUCCGUCAUCUUCGACAGCGUUGACACACUCAUCUCUUCCAACAGCUCGAUGAGUGUGCAAAUAACCGACAACCGAAGCAGCACAUCGCCUGAGCGGUUUCCUCCCGGAGAGUACUUGAUCCGACCCAAGAGUUUCUGCAACAUGAGGGACAUCUGGCAAACCAACGCUAUCAGGCCUUCCUCUUCCUCCUACAAGUUGAAGAGGUUCAAUAUCCCCAACGAUUCAAACCCCACCAUAUCUAACAGAGACUCUGCCGCUGCGCCUCCGCCCCCAGUAGUGUCCUCCAGCUUUAGUCUGCAAGAUGCAGUACUUCCGAACACACCGGAAACUACUCACAGCUCCUUCUACUCCUCUCGAACCAACGCUCCACAAUACAUUCCUACACGUAACAGCCAGUCGUCAACCAACAGUUCUUCUAUCCUGAGACAGUUUGAUGAAAUGUGUUCAACUGGCACAACUCCUCCCAGAAGAAGGAAAUAUGUUAGAUUUCUGGAGGUACCAAGGUACUCAGAUGGUCCUGCCAAUGAAACAGCUUCCCUGAUACAACCAUCUUCAUUGCCCUCAUCAUCUAUAUCUGCCAGUGUUAGAAAUACUCCGUCUCUUGACGAUUAUUGUGAUCUGGUCGGAAACUUCUUGUUUAACUACCCAUCAUCCUCACAGUCUAGUGAAAACCCAAGAUCUCCGCCAGUCACUGUGCCGCUGGAGCGAAGCUCUUUGUUGGACCAGCAAAGUAGUAGCACAGCUGACAUCAUAGAUCGUCACGCUCACUCCAUCAUCAGCGAGAUCAACUCUUACUUGGACCCUGUAGAACCUGGAGAGCCGAUGGAACAGUCCAAUGACGACGUGAUUGUUGUGGAGACCCCAGAGCGCCCCGCACUGCCGGACAGUCCUGACAUUGUACCUUCCAGCCGCAGCCCCUCCCCCUCCCCUCUCCCCCUUCCCACCAGGGCAUCACCCCUCCAACCUACCAGUGCUGCCAUCCCUCCAGCGCCUCGGGUGGACAAGCCGCAGUCUAGUGGUAGCAGUGAGGUGCCCAUGACACUGCCAGAACUAAACCAAUCACUGGUAGCUCUGUUGGAAUGUCCAGUGUGUCUAGACCACGCUACUCCUCCCAUCUACCAGUGUAUGAAAGGCCACAUCUUGUGUCAGAACUGUCAUCCUCGUCUCACGUUGUGUCCCAUGUGUCGAUCACGUCUGCCAGGCGACCGCAAUAGUGUAAUGGAGAAGGUGGCAGAGAAACUGAUGUACCCUUGCAAGAACACGGUGACCGGCUGCACAAUGAUGUUGAAACUCAAUGACAAACAGGCGCAUGAAGACGGCUGCGGGUUCCGCCACUACGCCUGCAUUGUGGACGCCUGCAGCUGGAAAGGCUACAAGCCUGAACUGGUGGUUCACCUGCAGAGUAGCCAUCCGGACAAACUGAUCACAGGCGCUACUCAGGAGCUUCUUGUACCCAUCAGUGGCAUCAUCGGAGGUUCAGGUUUUGUCGUCCACGAUUGGAUUCAAUCCGCUCACAAUGAAGUGUUUCAUGUGGUGUUCAAUGUUGAUACCUUCAAAAGGAUUAUGAAAGGUUGCGUGGUCUACGUUGGCUCUAGAGAGAAGGCAGACAAGUUCGAGUACCUUUUCCAACUGAAACAGAGAGUGAGUCCGUUCCGUAAGUUGUCUUACAGUCGUACGACUCACGUGGACACACUCAAGCAAGGUCAACCAUUGUGUUUACGAGAUGACUUCAGCAUCAACAUAGACAUGGCUCAACUUUACCGACCUUCUGAUUGUUGCCACCAGAUCAUUCCGAUCUUCAUCACCAUCACCCAACUUGAGUAAAAUAGGACUUUUCCUAAGUGCACAGUGGUAUGUGACCAAAGUGUUCUCUUUGUAAAAUGUUUAGUUUUAUAAGUGCACAUUGAAGUAUUCCAAAAUGAGAAUAAAGUGUUCUCUUUCAUUAAGAUCAGUUUUAUUCAGGUUUAAGUGAAUGUGUUCAGGAUUUCUAUUGUGUGGUUUCCUUCAGGAUAAAACCAUAUUCAACUGUUUUUUAUAUGUUUGAUUUUUUUAUAUGAUUACUUGUGUAUUGACUAGUCUUGUAUUGAGUUUUGCAAUUUUGUUUCGUUACAAAAUAUCUUUGUUUUUUUCCAAGAUCCUAUAGGCCUAAUUUUCCGAACCAAGGCCUAAAAUUGAAUUUUUCCAGUUUAGACCUUUUUAGUUAGGUAGUGUUUGUAGUUUUACUUUUUAUUUAUUUGUAAAAUGAGUCGGUGAGAAUAACAAUUGGUAUUACUCAUUACUGUCAUAUUUUGGAAAAGAAAUCGUUUUAUACUCAAAUAAUAUUGAAGCUACUACGUUGAAAAUCCCUUACACAAAAAGGGGAUGAAAACUUAUUUACUUUACUUUCAGUGUAAAAUAUAUUUUUAGCUGGUCCUUGAAUAUAUUUUGCCAAAAUCAUAAAUUGAAAACAAUGGCUUUCCUUUUUUUAAAUUUCACUGGCUCAUACUUGUGGAAAUGUGUUAAUCCUUCCGCAGACACAUUGUAUUUUUAAGUGUUCAUAACACAGUUUUGGUUUGGUUUUGAAUAUUAGCAUAUUUAGCGAUGGCAUAAACUAUCAUAUGUUACUGUAUUUUCAUUAAAUACUUUUUUAUUCUGUGUUACAA